CCUUCUUUAAGUUGUGAUUCUUUCCUUUUAUAAGUGAUCAUCACACAAGAAGGAACUGAAGAAGCUAACCCAAGUUUCAAGCAAUCCCCUUUAGCUUUUAAAUGGAAUGAAGAUCCUUUUAUUCACAUCCAAGUUAUUUCAUCCACUUUAAUUUAUUCUCCUCUUCUUCUUAUCUCUUGCAUGCAUUGUGUUAUUAUAUAUAUAAACACACUCAUCAUCAUCAUUCAGAUUGAACUCAAACACCAUUAUUAUAUAGUAGAUUCACCUAUUAAUAAUGCCUUCAUCAGAAUCUGCAGCUAAGCCACCAAACCAAUCUUCUCUUGACAGAGAAAUCAGGGAGAUGGUAUCUGCCAUCACUAACCGUGUAACUGAUUUCCAAAAAUCAGGUUCAACCCACCACCACCAUUCUGCCACCCACGACGACGACGACCACGGCGUCAGAAUCAUCACGCUCGCCGGAACCAACGACGGAGCCACCCUCAAAGGUGAGUUGGACGAAAAGUCACCCGGAAAAGCUGCUUCUUCUCAUCAUCAACAUCAUCGUGAUCAUGGUGUUGAAGCAGAGCCACUGAGCACUUAUGUCAACAGCAACUUCCAAGCCAUCAACAACUCUAUGAUGCUUGGCGGUAGCUUCCAUGCAAAUGAUCCUGGUGUGCAUUUGGAUAUCUCAGAUUUCACUGACCCUAUUCCUCAUCAUAAUAAUAAGCAUGGCAAGAAGGGCAAGAAGAAAGAGAAAGAAGGUUCCAAGAGUGACCUUCAUUCUGAAUGAGGCUAUACUUUAACUAUGCUAUUUAUAUUUGAUGGCGUGUCAAACAAUAAAUAUGCAAUUUAUCUACAUAUGAGUGUCUAUGUAUCAUGUUUGCUUCACUAACCAUGCAUGUAAUGCUAAGCUAGUAUGGUUUUUUUUUGGGUGUGUUCGUUCUUUGUUGAAUCUUAUAUUUUAUGAAUAAAAAAUCAAUCAAUUAUAUGGGA